AUGUCUUCUAACUUCUACGCGCUGUCUGCCAUCCGUGGUGACGGUGAAAUGCAAGCCAUGAAAGACUUUCAAGGCAAAGUGGUUCGCGAAUUCGGAUCUCAGGAAUUUGAGACGGAUGCCGAAAUCCAAGCCUUUGCUGCGUCUAAGAAUUUUCCUGGCAUUUUGAUGAAGCUGGGACAUGUCACAGGACCAGGUGCCUCGGAGAUUUGGAAAUUCUUUAUGAAGUCCACGAAAUCCAAGGCUCCGGUAUGGAAUUUUGAUGGAAAGUUUUUGGUAUCCAAGACAGGAGCGGUCAGUUUGCCCACUGAUUUGGAGGCGGAUAUUGCCAAGUUGAUACAAGAAUAA